AUGCCAAGUUCAAUGGAUUAUUCGACUCGGUUGUUGCGGAACCAUGGACGAUUGGUGCACACAAUGAAGAAGAGCGUAGCACGAACUUCCAAUCGCUCUGGACCGGACAUGUCCGAAUGGUGUUCGUAUACGUCGACAAAGAAUGUGCCAUUGCAUGUUAAAACAUGCCACUGGGUAGAGAACAACCCUCCGGAAUGUGCCAUGCCUUGGCUGCUUUAUAACCCUCUUUCCUGCAAUUAUCGAAAAUCCUUGAGCCACCUUUCUUUGCCUAUGCUGGCAUUGGAUGAUCACAUUGACUCCUGCUUCAGCAAUCGAUUCUUCUUUUUACCUCGCUGCACACUGGCAGGCACCGGAACGAUGAGGUCCAAGUCUUCCUUCAUGGAGAAGUCCUUGCUACUAGGGGUUCCCUUUCUCUCCGUUGUAAACGCUCUCCCGAACCCACAGCUGCUUCCACAAAUUCUGCCAGCUGUGCCGGUACCUGCGCCAACCAGACUCUCAACAACAGUUCUCCCGGCAAGCUCGACUAGUGCAGCAUCUCGAGCUUCUUCUCUCGCCCCAGUUGUUGUACCAUCGGUUGCACCUCUUUCUGCCCUCUUACCGCCCAUUUUGAAUCCUUCAACGCUGGUAUCCAUUGUGAGCUCCGUGGCGCAAAUUCCAGCUGCUCCAGUGUCCACAUUGCAACAACUCGUCACCAAUGUUGCAUCCAUUUCCGCACCCAUCCCGGUCCCAUCUUUGGCUCUCAGUAGGGCAUCUUCAGCCGCGCUACCGUCCCUAGUCCCCGCAGUUUCUGUGGUCCCACAGAUCUCAUCAUUGGCGGCUGCUGUGCAGACUCCAUCCGUUCCCCUCCCGCUCCCAUUGCUGCCGCCAGUAUUCCAGCCUGUAGCACUACCGAUCCCUAGUCUUUCAACCGUAGUGCCAGAAGAUACUACAGUGGUACCAGCGUUGCCACCAUUCUUCCCGCCAAUAGGGCUCCCACCCCACUACGGACUCCCCCCAUUGUUCCCCCCAGCACCUCUGUUGGCGGUUCCCCCUGUCGUCUCACUCCUGCCUUCGGAUGCGAUCACCGAGAUUGCUGCUUCGCCUGUGGCCUCCAUCUUGCCCGCGAUUCUUCCAGCGUUGCCCAACGUCCCGGCAAUCGCCAUCCCGCCUCUUCCUACCCUACCAACGCUGUUCGAAGACUUGACUCCGGCUGAGGUCCAAUCAGUUCUCCUACCUCUUUUGCCAACGCUGGUUGCAGUCCCCCCUGUGAACGUUACAGGCCUGGCAGCUACUUUGGUGGAUGCAAUUCCCACCGAAGUACUCUCUUCCCUACCGACACUUGCUGCUCUUGAUAUACCUCCUAUCCCACUACCCUUGCCAUUGGGUGAACCGGAAUUUCCAGUUGAGUUUCCAGCUACGGAGGUAGAGAACCUCUUGCCCGUUGCAAGUAGCUUGCUAGAUGACAUCACCGAUGCCGUACCCACGUUAUUGAGCAACCCCCUCCCAUUGCCUGUAGCAAGUGGGGUCAUCGCGGACGUAGUGGAGGACUUUCUUGAUGUUGUGCCAACAUUCAUCCCAGAUCUAUUACCCAUUAUUCCUGUCCCCUCUAACCCCCCGAUCCCGCUUGUACCCCUGACAGAUAGCGUCCCAAUCGCCAGCGGUACCGUCUCCGACCUCAGUCACGAUUGGACCUUUUACUCCUCCGGCCUGGUCCAAAUUGAUGAGGUUUUCCUGAACCCAUUCACCGGUCUACUUGCGGGUUUCUUGUCCGAUGGGACGUCAGUAGGUCUGUUCGUCGAUGGGUUGCACAUUGGCGUUCACGUUGUUGUGUACUCUCCUACUUUUGAAUUCUUGAUUAGGCAGUUUUCAUUGCCCCUGUUGCCACUGCACGGCGGGUGGGGUUUCGGGACCUAUGGGCUGCCGGCUUCGGAUUCCUCGUAG